UGCCCUUCGCCGCCGGCGAGGCCUGCCGGUCGUCCUCCACCGCCUCCAUCCUCCGCGCGGCACCCAUUUUCGCCGCCGGCCUCCUCCUUCCCACUUGCGACAGAUAUCUAGCAUUUCUGUAUAAGUGCCAGUAAAACUAGCUUAAAUAAUUAAAUUACAGCAUCGCGCACGUCUGCACGGGAGCAUUCCGCGCCGCCAGCCCGCCAAAGCCAGCGAAUAAAAUUCCUCUGCUUGAGAAAUAUAAGAACGCAUCAACAACUCCGCGAAUAAAAUUCUUCUCCUCUUUUUAUCUCAUUCCUCUACCCCUGCCCCCUCCUCCUACAUCGCCGUCUCCCUCCGAAACCCUAGCGGAUCGUCGCGAUGGCAGCGGCCGCUCUACUCCGCCGCCUCCCCGCCGCACGGGCCCCGGCCCCGGCCCUCAUCGCAGCGCGCCCGAUCUCCGACUCCACGGCCGCGCUCACCAUCGAGACCUCCGUCCCCUUCACCGCCCACCUCGUCGACCCGCCCUCCCGCGACGUCACCACCACCCCCGCCGAGCUCCUCACCUUCUUCCGCAACAUGUCCGUCAUGCGCCGCAUGGAGAUCGCCGCCGACUCCCUCUACAAGGCCAAGCUCAUCCGCGGGUUCUGCCACCUCUACGACGGCCAGGAGGCCGUCGCCGUCGGCAUGGAGGCCGCCAUCACCCGCUCCGAUUCCAUCAUCACCGCCUACCGCGACCACUGCACCUACCUCGCCCGCGGAGGGGACCUCGUCUCCACCUUCUCCGAGCUCAUGGGUCGCGAGGCCGGGUGCUCCCGCGGGAAGGGCGGAUCCAUGCACUUCUACAAGAAGGACGCCAAUUUCUACGGCGGUCAUGGCAUCGUCGGCGCGCAGGUGCCCCUUGGAUGCGGCCUCGCCUUCGCGCAGAAGUACAAGAAGGAGGACACCGUCACGUUCUCGCUCUAUGGUGACGGUGCCGCUAACCAGGGACAGCUCUUUGAGGCGCUCAACAUUUCGGCCCUUUGGAAGCUGCCCUCCAUACUGGUCUGCGAGAACAACCAUUAUGGAAUGGGAACAGCUGAGUGGAGGGCGGCAAAGAGCCCCGCCUACUACAAACGUGGCGAUUACGUGCCUGGAUUGAAGGUUGAUGGAAUGGAUGUUCUUGCUGUGAAGCAAGCGUGCAGAUUUGCAAAGGAGCAUGCCGUUGCGAAUGGCCCAAUUGUUCUUGAGAUGGAUACCUACAGGUACCAUGGCCACUCUAUGUCAGACCCAGGAAGCACUUACCGCACCAGGGAUGAGAUUUCUGGUGUAAGACAAGAACGUGAUCCAAUUGAGAGAGUCAGAAAGUUGAUCUUGGCACAUGACCUAGCAACUGCUGCUGAGCUCAAGGAUAUGGAGAAAGAAAUUAGGAAAGAAGUAGAUGACGCCAUUGCUAAAGCAAAGGAAAGUUCUAUGCCUGAUACUUCUGAGCUCUUCACAAAUGUUUACAAGAAGGGCUUUGGCGUGGAGUCAUUUGGGCCUGACAGAAAGGAAUUGAGAGCUUCCCUUCCAUAGGCUGGCAACAGGGAAGGUGGGCAUUCCUUCUAAUGCGAUAUGAUAGCCAGGAGAAAUAAUUAUUGGUGAAGAAGGCCUCGGGCAUUGCUGGAAUUUUUUGUUGCAAAAUGAACCUGUAUAGAGAUGCGCUGUCAGGAGGAUCAGCUUCUUAUUUGUUUUGCUUCUGUUUUUCCUUUUCUGCAAUUCAAUUUAACUGCUGCUGACUGGCUUCUUAUUGAAGCUAGAGAUUUGGCCCGCAUAAUUGGUCCUGAUCGAAAGAAUCUAAGCUGGGAAUUAUAAAUUUGCUCUUUACUUCUCGUGUA